UGAAUGAGAAGUGCAGUCCCACUUGGUCGACGAUCACGGAGCGGUCAAGUACGGAUGCAAUCCUAUCGAACGGUUUUGUCGAGAAUCAUUCGUUGUCGUGAAGUUUGAUAUUGUGAAACGAUCACCACUGGGAACUACUGCACGUGGAAAAUGAGCGGGACAAAUAUUUCAAAAUUAACCGAAAUGACGAGAAAAAUCACUAAGUUCAUCAGGCCGCCGGGUCCGCCGAAGAUUUGGGAAGUGGUCGAAAAAAUCGGCAGAGACGGACGACCGAUUAAAUUCACGAUCCAGGAGAUUCCCGAGGACAGAAGCGAGGAUGCAAUUGACCACAUGUGUCAAUAUUUUAUGGUGGACGAACCGACAUGCGCGUGUUUCAAUGCCGUAAAUUCGCCUAUAUUCGUAAAAGAGUGCAGGGAAUUUUGGCGCAAUAUAUUGGACCAAGGCAUAGCUGUUGCCGCUUUUGUUGACAAUCCCAACGGAAACAAAUCUAUAAUAGCCGGUCUAAACAUGUUAUGCGUAGAAUAUAAAGAUGAGAAGAUAGAUAUACAAUUGCAGUCAAACUUCAGAUUUAUAUUUAAUGCCAUGAAGAAAUUAAAUAAGAGUCUCCGAUUGUUCGAACGUUACAACGUAGACAAAUACAUGUUUGCUGUUGGGCUCAGCGUAGCGACCGCUUAUCGGGGAUACGGAUUGGGUGCGGAUAUUCUAAAAGUCAGGGAUAAAAUUGGGCAAGAGUACGAUAUCGAGAUGACGUCCACGGCAUUCACCUCGCCAUUCGCGGCUAAAGCAGCGGAGCGUGUGGGAUUCGAGAUACUGCUGAAGACAAAAUUCGCCGAUUUCGUGGACGAAAAUGGCAAAGAAUGCUUUCCCGGUAUACAAAAGUAUUCAGAUACUUUAGUGAUCAUGGCGAAAAGAAUCAAAUAAGAUAGACCCUCCGCGCGCAGGAACAAUAGCAGAGAAAGAGAAAGAGAGAGAGAGAGAGAGAAUAAAAGAAAAAACGCGUUACUCAAUUUUUUCCAAUCUGGAAUAUUUCAAUAAUUUGCAAGCACUGCAAAUACGAGCCGAAUAAUUUUUAUUGCAAAAACUUCAUAUAUCUCGCUUGAAUAACUUUAUCAAGACGGACAUCUUCUUCGCGAAACUUUUUGCCGUGAUUGUUCAAUAAUUUGUGUUUAAAAAUUUUCUGUGACGUUGAACGGCUCGCUUUAUAAUAAUAUGUGUAACGAUUUUUGGUUUACCAAAAACAAAAUAUUUUAUAAUCAUAUAUGUAAAUCAUGCUAUAUGUGACAGACGGAAUAUAUGUGAUAGUAUCGUUAAAAUAUAUAAAAGUAAAGUAGAAGUAAAGUAGAAAUGACUUCACGCUUGGACGAUCUUACGUAAAAUAUUAUAUAAAAUUGAACAACAGAGAAAUUGUUUUAAUUAGUGCUGAAAAAUAGAGAUAAAUAGAGUUUCCCGAUUCGAAAGAAUUGUCGUUUUGUAUUAUUAAAGAUAGCGGCCUUUCGCGAAAAUUAAUACGUUCACUACAUGCGUGACGCGAUUAUUUUUCACGAGAGAUCAACGUCAUAUAUAUGUAACAGUAAAACUUUUUUCCAUGUCCACAUUAUCAAAUUAAGUCUGCACAAUUACGUGAGAAAGAGAAUACGAAGUGACUGUGAGAAGAGUCUUUUAAAUAAACUUUGAUAGCGAAUGUGUUAAUGCCUGUAGAUAGAGAAAAAUAUACACCGCAUAUAAAUAAAUGUGCAAGUAUGGUUUCAAA